AUGACGUCGUGGUUCAAGUCUUGGAAUCCAAUCGUCUCGUUUCCCGACUAUCACGGGCAGUACUCUGUAGGCACGGUCGACGUGGAAAUUCCCGUCAGCGAUCUCCCUUCGCCUUCCGACGCGCCCGAUGGCGCGCAACCGACCAUCGCCUUCAGAGUGUUCUAUCCGUGUGUGAAACCAGCCUCGUCACAAUCCGAUCGACCUGUACGAUGGAUACCGCAACCGCAACGCGAAACGAUUAGUGCCUUUGCGAAAUUCAUCGGAGUGAAGAACCCGCGCAUCGCCAAUCUGAUCUCGUACAUGCCACAACAAUUAUACUGGAUCAAUCUUCCUGCGCACCGAAAUGCUAAGCUCUUAGAUCCGCCAACGAGUAAUGGAAGAUGGCCCGUGACUUUCUUCAGCCACGGUCUGGCGGGCAGCAGGAAUGCGUACAGCUAUGUUUGUGGAGACCUGGCCAGCAAUGGYAUGAUCGUAAUUGCGCUAGACCACAGAGACGGCUCAUCUCCCAUCCAAUACGUGCGUGCAACGGCGACUACAGAGGCGAAGAUCCUAGAACCAGUAAAGAUUAGCCAUGAACCGAGCGCAGAGGUUUACGAGGGAAGGGACAAGCAGUUGCGCAUUCGACUGUGGGAGAUCAGCAUGGCAUAUGAAGCAUUGAUAAAAAUCGACGCAGGUCAACGAAUCGAGAACUUGGACAUCAACGCGUCGAAGAACAGGAAUGAACGAGUCGAGGUGCUGUGGCAGUUCGAUGGCAUGCUGGACAUUCAUCGCGCCGGCAAGGUCACCUGGGCGGGGCACUCUUUUGGAGCAGCAACCACGGUACAGCUGCUGAAGAGCAUCUACUACCACCGAGAUAGACCGGUUGAGGGUUCUGGAAAGGCAUUGAUUGCUCCCAAUUCAGAUGCUGCCAUUAUACAACAGAUCACCGAAGAGUCCCCAAUGCUUCUUUUGGAUAUGUGGUGCUUGCCACUGCAGUCUCCAGAUCAGGCAUUCCUCUGGGACAAACCGCUUCCAUCGUAUGCUGUGGGUGGACCUUCUGGCGCAAACGUGUUGAGUGUUCUUUCCGAGGCUUUCUACAACUGGGAGGACAACCUCAACCUGAACAAGCACGCCGUAGCAGCUCCAUCUCUAUCUCGCAGGCCUUCGAUCGCGCCUCGCCUGUCGCGCGACCCUGGCAAACUGCUUCCCAACUGGGCACGCCUCCGAGAAGAAUCUCCCUCCAAGGAUUCUGGAUAUGCAUCGGAGCUUUCUCGCAGCGCGUUGAGAAGCUUGACACGUCAGCGAAGUCGAGCUAGCGGACUCACCACUCCUAGCAACGGUGGCUCGUCAUCUCACAGGGGUCGUGUUACGAGCACCACGCAUGGUUAUGAGGCCAGACCAGCGCGAACCGAAGGACCACACACUUGGGUGAUCCAAAAGUCCCAGCACUUCAAUCAGUCUGACUUUGGACUGCUAUUCCCCUGGCUUUCAAAGCGCAUCACCAAGGCGGAGGAACCCGAGCGAAUCCUCGAGCUCAACGUCCGAGCCAUGGUUCAAGUCCUCCGUGAGUGCGGAGUCGAAGUUGCGGGCGAGGAUGACCGGGAAAUACUCGCAAAGGAUGGCGACAUUCGAAGAUGGAAGCAUAUUUCGGUUUCCGACGAGCCACAGGAGACCAUCAACCAGGUCACAAGGAAGCUCAGCAUAAUCAGUGCGAGUGGGAAGAGUGUGGGAAGUCCAAGGCCUCGAGAUGGAAUGACGAUGGGCAUGAAAAUGGACCAAAAGGCGGAAGCAGAGCUGCCUGUCUUGUCGAUAUAA